GCGCACAAUUCCUUAUAUGGAAGCUUGGAAUGAAGCAGUCACCACAUGGCGCCAGGCGCCAAUAACGUCAUGGUGAACUUGAGCGGGAAAAGCCGAUUCCCCCCUCUUUCAACAUCAACGCGCGCUUGCAAGGACAAGGACACCAUCACCACCAAAGCACCAAUAGAUUAACCUUACCACACUUCACCACACGACCAACGAGCCAACAAUGUCGAACGAUGUAUAUUCGAGGAUAUCAGAGAGAAUGAAGAACGAACACUUCACGGAGGAGGAGAUCAGGAUCGUCGGCAAGGCCAAGGAACAGCUCUCAUCCUACGCCACAGGUGGAUCUGUUAUCGGUGGCCUCGGCGGCCUUGCACUUGCGAAGGCCAAGAACUUCAAAGGACUCCAGGGCAUGGCCAUCGCGACAGGGGGCUUCCUCAUCGGAUCUCAACUCGGAUUAGUCAUGGGCGCCAUGGCCAGUGUCAAAACCAUCCAGUCGAUCCCCAACUUCCAGCGGAUUCUGAACAUUGUGCAAGAAGUUCGGGAGGAGGCACCAGGAUCUGGAGGGUCAAGAGGUCCAGGCGGACCCAUACGACAUGACCACGCCGCAACCAUGCCCUCAGCAGGACACCAACGUUUCCCAGUCCAACCUCGUCGAUCGGAGCUCAUGUCCGAUGAUGCGGUCGAGCAGCAGAGCCAGCAGUUUCAAGAGUUCAAGAAUGGCGAUGGAUAUCAUGGUGGCAAUGACCCUAAUGGGUCCGCGCUUCAUGAUCAAAGCAGUGCAUGGGCACGCGCACAGCAACGCGCUAAGGAGAUUCAGAGCAAUUCUCCGAACUGGAAUCAAAUUCGUCAGAUGAACAUGCCCAAAUCUGCCUGGAACGAUAUCCGCGAUGGGCGUCAUGCUUCUACCAAAACCGGCGACGACGGCGACGAAGACACCGACGAUACAAACGACAAUCAUGCUCGCUCAAAACAAUCUCCUCCAGUCAAUAGCAAACGUAGGUCGGCAUGGGAUCGCAUGCGACAAGGUGAUGCCGAUGGCUUUGUGAGUGUUGAGGCUGCGCCCGAUGGCCCCAGCGAGUUCCCAAGGACAAGAGAAGAUCUGGAAUCGAGACCGUCGCGCCAAAAAAAUCAAUAUGGCGAUGCUCUCUAAAGAGCGAAGCAGCAAGCAUCAUGAUUUGCUCUUUAUGAUAAAUGUACCAUAGUAAGCCCUAUAUAGAACAAAAGGACAAUAUAUUAUUAUGUAUGUUGCGCGAUCAAGACACUGAUCCUGAAGAAGCUCUUCAGGAUCUCAAAGAGGAGGUAGCAAAUGUC